AUGGCGACUCGUCGGACGACUAACGCCAAGUUCGAGGUUCCAGUACCCAACGGCAAGAGCGCGACUGCAAACCUGGAUUCUUCAAAAGCAAGAUCCUCACCAUGGCUACCUUCGGCCCUGGAAGGCGUCUUGUUCCUCGUAUAUCCUCUCAUCCUCAUCUUGGGAUCACUCUACAGUAACUUCGACCCGUCAACACGGAACGCGACCUACGUUGCCGACUCACAAUCCUACGACCCACGAACAGCACCCAGCUAUUUCGCCAAGAAGAGCAACAUUCUCAAUGUCUACUUCGUGAAAGUCGGCUGGCUCUGGGCGACCGCAUCAUUCCUCCUGCUCAUCGUCUCGCAUCCCUCCUUCGGGCCCUCCUUCGAUUUCCAAGUCACCCGUCGUCGCGCCCAGGCCACGCUCCGCUUCCUGAGCAUCACCACCGUCUGGAUCUUCCUCACACAAUGGUUCUUUGGCCCUCCGAUCAUCGACCGCAGCUACCGCUGGACCGGUGGGCAAUGUGCUAUGAUCCAGAGCGACUCACUCGCUGCGCAGCAGGAGAAGGCAGAGAUGGGCGAUGCCGAGUUGAUUUUCACGCACGCUGCUUGUAAGGCGAUUGGCGGAGCGUGGACCGGCGGUCAUGAUAUCAGUGGACAUGUGUUUCUGUUGAUUCUGUGCAGUGCGAUGCUCUGGCAGGAAUUCCUCCCUGCGGUGUUGCGCUCGUGGGGUCAGCGUGACGCGAGGGUUAUUGCGGCCGCGGACGGCAUAGUCAAAAGCGCUGCGGCGGAAAGCACGAGCUCAUCGGUGACGGCCAACCAGCCUCUUGGUGUCGGCAUACAGUUUGCAAUGGGUGUGGUGGGCCUCAGCUUGUGGAUGCUUUUGAUGACGGCGGUUUACUUCCAUACUUGGUUCGAAAAGCUCACCGGCUUCCUCGUGGCGCUGACGGCAAUCUACGUCGUUUACUUCGUACCCAGGGCGAUUCCAGCAGCUCGUAGCGUGCUCGGCGUGCCUGGAUUAUAA